AUGACAAUAGACGCCGCAGCUGGUGGCGCACUUAUGGAUAAACCAUACAACCAAGCCUAUCAGCUUAUCGAGAGCAUGGCUCAGAACCAUUAUCAGUGGGGAAAUGAGAGAACAUCCGUAGAGAAGCCUCAAACGAAAGGCGGUAUGUACGAAGUAAACGAGCUUGACCUUGUUAAAGCUAAACUUGAAGCUCUAACUCAAAAGAUGGAGAGUAUGACCACAACACCUGCAGCCACCAUGGCUGCAACAAUUUCAAAUUGCGAACUAUGUGGAAUUCAAGGGCACAAAAUCGCUGAAUGUCAACUCUUAACGGAAGUUCCCCCAGACCAAGUAAACUACACUCAAGGAAACCCUUACAAUCAAGGUCCGAGGAACCAUCCAUACCUUUCGUACAAAAGUAACAAUGCUCUAUAUGCACCUGGCCAAGCACCUACUCCUUCACCACCAGGAUUCCAAAAACUUGCUUUCAAUGCUCCUAGGAAGUCUAAUCUUGAACUAUUAGUAGAAAACUUCAUAGCUACCCAGACUCAAACCAACCUUCAAACUAGUGAGCAAAUUAAACAAAUAACAAGCAAGUUAGAUGUCUUGACCACUCACACUAGGAUGCUAGAAACUCAAAUAGCACAAGUAGCACAAAAACAAGCAUCAACUGCUGCUCCCGCAGGCAUUUUUCCAGGCCAACCUGAGCCAAACCCAAGGGGACAUGUUAAUGCUAUUAUAUUAAGAAGUGGGAACCGAUACGAAGGACCAGCCGACCCUAGAACCAAUACUCCAACCAUACACCAAGACUCAGAUGAGGUAACCAAGGGAGAGAGUGAACAAAACAUAAAAGAUAAAGAAAAUAGUGGGGAGGAAAUCAUAGAAAAGAAGAAACCUUAUAUACCCCCACCACCAUAUCAACCACCCAUCCCGUAUCCUCAAAGAUUUGAGAAAUCCAAAAGCGAGGGACAGUUUAGGAAAUUUGUAGAACUUCUAAAAAAAUUGAACAUCACAAUACCUUUUACGGAAGCCAUUACCCAAAUGCCCUCAUACGCUAAGUUUCUCAAAGAAAUUUUAACUAAAAAGAAAAAGAUCGAGGAUGAGGAAAUCGUUAUGCUUACUGCCGAGUGUAGCGCCAUACUCCAAAAUGAUAUGCCUCCUAAGCUAAAAGACCCAGGAAGUUUUUCCAUACCCUGUGUAAUUGGAAAUUAUGUAAUAGAUAGGGCCCUAUGCGAUUUAGGAGCCAGUAUCAGCUUAAUGCCUAUGUCCAUAUGCGAAAAACUUAAUUUAGGAGAAUUGAGACCAACUAAAAUGUCAAUACAAUUCGCUGACCGUUCUGUCAAAUACCCCUUAGGUAUACUAGAAAACGUGCCAGUACGUGUAGGUCAAUUCUAUAUCCCUACCGAUUUUAUAGUCAUGGACAUAAGGGAAGAUUCCAAUACACCUAUCAUUUUAGGAAGGCCAUUCUUAGCAACUGCCGGAGCCGUAAUAGAUGUAAAGGAAGGAAAGCUAACGUUUGUAGUAGGUGAAGAAAAAGUCGAAUUUAUUUUAACGCAACUCAUGAAAGCACCAGCUAUAGACGAUAGUUGUUACAUGGUAGAUGUCAUCCAAGAAUGUAGAAAAGAGAGUGAGAAGGAUCAAACUAAACAUUCUGAAAUUUUAAAAGCUUCCACCCCUCCAACUCAUAAAAAUGGUGAUGACGACCUAGCUAAAUGUUUAGAGAUUACACAAGUUCCUAAACCUAGCCAUGUUAAACCAACUUUAAAACUAAAAACUCCAUCAAGACUCCAAAAAGGAACCCCUGUGGCUCCGAAUAAAUUAAAAGGUCCCGUUUCUAAGAAAAUACCUCCCGACAUAUUAAAAGACCACCCAGAAAAUAACAUCGCUCAAAAUAAAAUACCCCCGGGUGUCUCUAAGAAAAAGAAAGAAAAAAAGAAGAGAAGACCUAUGAAAUGGUCUGACAUUUUCAAAUGGAGACCCAAGAAUAUUGAGCAUAAUUUAAAAGAUGUGAGUCUAGAGGAGGAACCAUGUUGA